AUGGGGAUGGGGCCAGGCGCGGUGCCCGCGGGCGCCCUGUGCCUGGGCGCUGCGCUCAGCGGCAUCCUCAGCUUCGGGCUCCUGGCCGUGGCCAUCGGGUCGGACUAUUGGUACGUGCUGCGGGUGGAGCCGACGCGGGACCCGGAGCCGCUCAGCUCCCACUCCGGGCUCUGGCGGGUCUGCGAAGGCAGGAACGUCUGCAUCCCACUGAUCGACCCAUUUGGGAGCGAAACCCAAGAGGUGCCCGCAUCACUGCAGCAUCUGAUCUGCAUGCACCGGGCCUUCGUGGUCUUGCUGCCACUCAGCCUCAUCCUCCUCGUCUUCGGCUGGAUCUGUGGCGUUGUCAGCUCCUUGGCACAAAGCUGCCAGCUGCUGCUCUUCACAGGCGGCUACUUCCUGCUGGGAGGCCUGCUGACUCUGACCGGGAUCAGCGUCUACAUCAGCUACUCGGGGGCGGCCUUCGCCGAGACCGUCCGCAUGUACAACCAGCAGCACUUUGACCAUGUCCGCGUCAGCUUUGGCUGGUCCAUGGCACUGGCCUGGCUCUCCUUCAGCUCUGAGGUACUGGCUGGCUCCCUCCUCCUCCUCGCUGCCCGGCUCCUCAGCCUGCAGCAAGCCACACGCUCUGUGGCCAUCUGA